UCUAGUUCCAUUUUCGCAAGGAGCGAUUCAGUGAACCGAACCGUAGUGCCGACGAGCGGCAGUUCACACACAACAUUUGAAAAAACUUGCAGCAGCAGCAGUAGAACCUCGCAGCUCAGCCAAUCAUGUCCGGAAUCAUGCGAGUGCCAUCGAUUUUGGCCAAAAAUGCAGUCGCCUCCAUGCAACGUGCCGCUGCAAUCGGAGUGCAACGCAGCUACCACAUCACACACGGCCGCCAGCAGGCCUCGGCGGCGAAUCCGGACAAGAUUUCUAAGCAGUACCCGGUGGUUGACCAUGCCUAUGACGCGAUCGUCGUCGGAGCAGGAGGAGCUGGCCUGCGGGCGGCUUUCGGUCUGGUGGCCGAGGGAUUCCGCACAGCUGUGAUUACCAAGUUGUUUCCCACCCGCUCGCACACUAUCGCCGCUCAAGGUGGUAUCAAUGCCGCACUGGGCAACAUGGAGGAGGAUGACUGGAAGUGGCACAUGUACGACACUGUCAAGGGUUCCGAUUGGUUGGGCGAUCAGGAUGCCAUCCACUACAUGACACGAGAGGCGCCAAAGGCUGUCAUUGAGCUGGAGAACUACGGCAUGCCGUUCUCUCGUACCCAGGACGGAAAAAUUUACCAGCGAGCUUUCGGAGGACAGAGUCUUAAGUUCGGCAAGGGCGGACAGGCCCAUCGCUGCUGUGCUGUGGCUGAUCGUACUGGUCACUCUCUGCUACACACGCUGUAUGGCCAAUCUUUGAGUUACGACUGCAACUACUUCGUAGAGUACUUUGCCCUGGAUCUGAUCUUUGAGGACGGUGAGUGCCGUGGUGUGCUGGCUCUCAACUUAGAGGAUGGUUCACUGCAUCGCUUCCGCGCCAAGAACACGGUUAUUGCCACCGGCGGCUAUGGACGUGCGUUCUUCUCCUGCACAUCAGCCCACACUUGCACUGGUGACGGUACCGCCAUGGUUGCCCGUCAGGGUCUGCCAUCCCAGGAUUUGGAGUUCGUACAGUUCCACCCGACAGGAAUCUAUGGUGCCGGCUGUCUCAUCACUGAGGGAUGCCGCGGAGAAGGUGGAUAUUUGAUCAAUGGCAAUGGUGAGCGUUUCAUGGAGCGCUAUGCUCCAGUUGCCAAGGAUCUGGCUUCACGCGACGUCGUCUCGCGUUCGAUGACCAUUGAGAUCAUGGAAGGCCGUGGCGCUGGACCCGAAAAGGAUCACGUGUACCUGCAAUUGCAUCACUUGCCACCCAAGCAGCUGGCCGAGCGUCUGCCUGGCAUCUCCGAAACCGCCAUGAUCUUCGCUGGCGUAGAUGUGACUCGCGAGCCAAUCCCGGUGCUACCCACGGUGCAUUACAACAUGGGUGGUGUGCCCACGAACUAUCGCGGCCAGGUGAUCACCAUCGACAAGGAGGGCAAGGAUGUGAUAGUACCUGGACUUUAUGCUGCCGGUGAGUCGGCAUCUAGCUCGGUGCACGGUGCAAACCGCCUGGGUGCCAACUCUCUGCUGGAUUUGGUGGUCUUUGGUCGUGCCUGCGCCAAGACCAUUGCCGAGCUGAACAAGCCCGGUGCACCAGCUCCCACUCUCAAGGAAAACGCUGGCGAGGCCUCCGUGGCCAAUCUGGACAAACUGCGCCACGCCAACGGCUCGAUCACCACCGCCGAUCUGCGCCUGAAGAUGCAAAGGACAAUGCAACAUCAUGCUGCUGUGUUCCGUGAUGGCCCCAUUCUCCAGGACGGUGUGAACAAGAUGAAGGAGAUCUACAAGCAGUUCAAGGACAUCAAGGUUGUUGAUAGGUCGCUCAUUUGGAAUUCCGAUUUGGUAGAGACGCUGGAGCUGCAGAAUCUGUUGGCUAAUGCCCAGAUGACCAUUGUGAGUGCCGAAGCACGUAAGGAAUCCCGAGGUGCCCACGCCCGCGAAGACUUCAAGGUCCGCGAGGAUGAAUACGAUUUCAGCAAACCUAUCGAGGGUCAGCAGAAGAAGCCCAUGGAUCAGCAUUGGCGCAAGCACACGCUCUCGUGGGUGUGCAAUGACAACGGUGACAUAACGCUGGACUACAGAAACGUGAUCGAUUCCACGCUGGACAACGAAGUCUCGACUGUGCCACCAGCAAUCCGCUCCUAUUAAGUCUAGAUUUUGAGCUGCAGGACACCCGCAUAAAAACACACCAUACCAUCACACAGUAACAUGUACGGAUGUCUACUUAAACGUCUUUGUGGGCGUCAGUAAAAAAAUGUGUCAAGUCGCCAAUGUGCUGCUAGAUGUGCUACCAAUUUGUAACUUGGAAUUCGGCAGCGGUUCCUGACGUCCCUGCGAUGAAUUGUAAAACCAGAUAUUCUUAACAUCCUAUAUAUUCUUUAUAUAACAAUUUCUGCUGUUUAUAUUUAAUUUUGUACGUUGCCCUCCAUUUGGUUACUAUUUGGUUCUCGGUUAUUUACAAUUCUACAUAAGCAAAAAGUGUAUGUGAGUAGACAACGAGUUAGGUCCGAGGCGUUUUGGACGACAGAAAGCAAAUGAAAACAAAUCCAACUACAAUUUUCUAGUAUUUGUUAAACUUAUUAAAUUAUUAAAACGAAAACAUGUAAAAACAAUAAAAAAGGUCGAAAGUCGAAAACAUUUGCUAUACAAUAAAUAAAAAUAAUGAAGAUUAAGUGCGCAAUAAAAAUUUGUUCCCACUUA